AUGUUUCCCAGCUUCAUAUUUCCCGGUUUCGGGUUAUGGUGGACUCCCACCAGCUGGUUCUACCUAUUUGUAUUUCUCUGGAUACACCGGUACCUCCGACUCUUCGUCCACUGCGUUAGCCACUGGGUAUACAAGUCGAAACCCGUACCAGCCAAGCCCACCUUCACAUCAGACGACGUGACCGUCAUCAUUCCUACGAUCCAUAACGUUUUCGAGGAGCUCCGGCCCUCUCUUGAGAGCAUUCUGGCCUGCAAGCCUUACGGCCUUCUGCUCGUCACGACCACCGACAAGCACUAUGCGCUAGAGAAGCUCGCAAGCACCUUGCCUCACCACAAUGUGCAGGUGCUCUCCACUCCGAUUGCGAACAAGCGCCUUCAGGUCUGCGAAGCGCUGCCCAAGGUGACGACGAAGAUCACGAUCAUGGCCGAUGAUGAUGUUACGUGGCCUUCGACUCUGCUUCCUUGGAUCCUGGCUCCCUUUGAGGAUCCUAAGAUGGGUGGUGUGGGAACCUGCCAGAGAGUGAAGCGUGUCCGGGAAGGGUCGCUGUCGACGCGCAUCUUCAACUGGCUAGGCGCAGCCUACAUUGAACGACGAAACUUUGAGAUUUCGGCAACGCACAACAUCGACGGCGGCACAUCCUGCAUGUCUGGAAGGACGGGCGCUUAUCGAUCGGAGAUCCUCUCGAGCCACGACUUCCUCGAGGGAUUUAAAACGGAGAAAUGGGGCCCCUACAUUCUAAAUGCGGACGACGAUAACUUUGUGACUCGUUGGCUGGUCAGCCACCAGUGGAAGACGUGGAUCCAGUACGAGCCCGAGUGCGAGAUUGAGACAACGCUGGAGAACAGCACGAAAUUCCUUUACCAGUGCUCUCGAUGGGCGAGGAGCAACUGGCGCAGCAACUGGACCAGCUUGGUCACUGAGCGAUAUGUGUUGACUCAACAGGCAUGGUGCACAUAUGCACUACAUAUUGCGACGUUCACCUCCCUCGCCUUCCUGUUCGACCCUCUUAUCAUGGUCGCCCUUUGGAAGGGCACUGCUGGCUGGGAUCCUCAGAUCCGUGCGGCGGCCUUUUGGGCACACUUCGUCUUCGUGUUCGCCUUCACCAAGGUGGUCAAACUACUAGGGCUUUUCAAGAGACACCCUAGGGACGUUGUGUUUUUACCAGUGUCCAUUCUUUUCGGCUACUUCCACGGACUCAUCAAGCUCUAUGCCUUGUGCACCCUCAAGAUGACGUCCUGGGGCAGCCGAGCAGAUGGUGAUGCGAACGACGAUGUUCGCCUGACUCCUCGUCCGAAGCGAUCUGCGAGUCUGACUACACCUCCUACCGGAUAUGAUUUGAUCCGAUACCGCCACGAGCGCCAUAUGACCGAGAAGGUCAUGGUGGGGGAGAAAGUCCAGAGGCUGCAUCCCAUCUUUUCCGGAGCUCAUCUCGGCAUGGAUGUGAAAAGCUAA